CCUGGUGUGAUCUGUUGUCAUCUGCUAUAAAAGCUCCUUGAGUCAGGCCCCUUCACAACUGACACUGAAGCGAUGGCUCAUUUUUGGGUUGUGGUUGUUUUGCUGAAUACUGUCUUGCAGGAUAAAGGCCUUUGUUUUCCACCUGGGGUAAAACAAGGUAUGUCCACAGGUGGUGAACAAAUUCAACAUGACGAAGUGAGCUACAACCAAAAAAGUGACAAUGUGAGCCAUAACGUGAGAGCCAAGGGCUAUCUGGAUGAAGCCUUGAGCCAAAACCUGAGCACCAAGGGCCAACAGGACGACUCCUUGAGCCACAACGUGAGCACUAAGGGCCGCCUGGACUAUGCCUUGAGCCACAACAUAAGCGCCAAGGGCCACCUGCACGACGUCUUGAGCCAUGACUGCCCGAGCCACAACGCGAGCGCCAAGGGCCACCUGGACGACGCCUUGGGCCACAACGCGAGCGCCAAGGGCCACCUGGACGACGCCUUGGGCCACAACGCGAGCGCCAAGGGCCACCUGGACGACGCCUUGGGCCACAACGCGAGCGCCAAGGGCCACCAAAGUGAGAAUCAUUACCUGUCUGACAUAAGUAACAGCGACCAGAAUGGUAGUGUCGGUGAUAGUGUGUUUGCUGUCUAUGUUUGAAAUGUAUUUCUUGAUGGCUGCAGCAUUGAUCUGUUUAAUGUAACAUCUAUCUGAAAAUUAAAAAAUUUUACCUUAAACGUU